AUGGAUCACAUUGCAGCCAUGGAAGAGCUAGUGGUAUCCGACAGGGUUAGGCAAAAGCUACAAGACGUGAAUGCGGCUGCCCAGAAGUAUCUCUCUCCUGUCCAAGACCAUGUUAAUUUUACUCAUCCGUGUAUCAAUUUGGCUUACUUUAAAUGUGCAUAUGCGUGUUUCGAUAGGAGAAGAAACCAACAGGAGGUUGGCAAUUGCGUUGAAAAUUGCAGCGUUCCUGUUGUUAGUGCUCAACAGAGAGUUGAGAAUGAGAUGGCUAAGUUUCAAGAAAGGUUGAGUAGGGCUUUGAUGGUCUCUCAAGACAAAUUCGAUGCAGCAAAGCUUCAACAGGUCAAAAGUAGUGCACUCACUGAUUUGGAGUCGUGUGUUCACCAAACAACCGAAAAUGGGAUAAAGACACUUCCACUUCUUGCUGAGAGAUUGAAGUCUUCCUUUUCGAUCAACAAUUAG